UUCAGCGCAAAAAUGGCAGACGACCAAACGGGGUCGUCGGAACGGCGUGAAGAAAAUAACGCCGUUUCGUUUUCUCUGGACUCUAUAAAGGAGGCCGUGGACGAGUUGUACACGUUUCGAGACAACUAUUACGUGAAAAACCCCAGCGCUUCUGAAAAGCAGAGAACUGAUGAUGUCGAGGAAAAGCUUAGGAAGAUUCUGGACAAAUUAGACGCUCAAGGAGGAGCACUAGAAAAGGUGGACAGAGCAAAAUUCCAUAUGCUGAAAGGGAAGGCACUUAACAUUCAAGAAGACUAUAACCCAGAGGCACACGAAGCACUUUCCAAAGCUGUGAAGCUCAAUCCCAAACUGGUCGAAGCAUGGAAUGAGCUUGGAGAAUGCUACUGGAAAAAAGGACAGAUUACCAAGGCACGCAACUGCUUUGAAGGUGUUCUGAAAGUGACAAAGGACAAAGUGUCGCUGCGAAACCUGUCUAUGGUCCUUCGGCAAGUUGGAGAAACAGAAGAAGAAAGGCUUAACAAUGUCUGUGAGAGCGUUGCAAAAGCUAAAGAGGCAUUGCAGCUUGAUAUCACUGAUGGAAAGACUUGGAGUAUUCUUGGUAAUGCAUACAUGGCAGUCUUUUUUUCUGGUGCACAAAAUGUCAAGUCACUGCAGCAGGCUUUGGCAGCAUACUCUAGGGCUCUUGAGGAUCCACGAAUGCACUGCUGCUCUGAGCUGUUUCACAAUCGCGCUGCGGCCUUGCAACAUGAGGAGAACUACCAGGGUGCUUUGGAACAACUGGAGCGUGCAUGCUCCUUGGAGCCCCAUUGGACUGAGCCUCGAGAUAAAGCCCAGAACCUGAUGGCACACUUGCAACGACUGGCCAACGCUGUUUCACAUAAGGGUCACCUUAAACCACGCAAGAUCAAGGCUUUGCUAAGCAACCUAAAGGUGCAGCCGCUAGCAGGUCUUGAGCCGGCCAAGUUGCAAGAUCUGUGUCCAGGAAAGAACAGUGGCCGCCUACUCACUGUCAAAGUGGCCUGCAGUGUCCUCUCCCAGGAUCGCUUCCCAUUGUAA